ACCCAAUUUGCGAAAAUAAACUGAAGCUGUAAUAAGUAUAUACGGAUUAAGCACGGAAAAAUUCCUGCGAAAUAAUCAGGUAUAACCAGUUUUGUACUUGUGUAAAACACUUAAAAAUAAAAACCAGUAACGGGAGAAUAUGUACAAUUAUGGCGUACUUAUACGUAUAGGUUUAAGACGUUAAAGUGUACAACAUUCGAUGAUACGACGAAACGUUUUAAAAACAACUGCUCAAGCGCAUAGGUAUACACACGUUAUUUUUUUGAACAGUACGCGUAUAGUUUAUAAUACUAUAAUAUCAUAAUAAUAUGCGAGUAGUGGCGCUUCCUAUAUGAAUUUUAUAUACGAAUUGUUUGUCCUUCGCGAGUCCGGUCGGCUACUUCCAUGUAAACAUAUGUACAUCUACCGAACAUAAUAAACGACGUAUUCACGUUCCACGACCAACACCACAUUAACUAAGUGCAAACUGCAGUAAUAUACAUUAUAGUCAUAAUUGUAUAUAAACAUAGGUACGUAGCACGCUGGACGCAAGACGUACCUACUGUUAUACGCGGCUCGUACGCGUAGUACGUUGUGGAGUACAUAAUAUUAUUAUUGGUGACCACCGAUUUUUCCAUCUCCAACGAUAAUUUCAUCUCCCAUAGUAUACGGUUUUCUUCGAGUCCGGCAUUUGCUCGUUUGGUUUGUUUUUUAUUCACCGUAAUACAAUAUUAGCAGUAUUUUCGUCGUCGGCGAAUACAAUCAUGGAGGCGACGAGAUCCUGGUUAACAUUAUGUUUAUGUUUCGUUUUGGGUACGGCAGGAACGGGCAUAUUGUGUAAUCCAUUAAUCGAAAAAAGACAAAUUUCAUCGUGUAAAGUAGACACGUUCAGCUGUACAAAUGGGGAGUGCAUUGAUUCGUUAUCAAUUUGUGAUGGAUUUGCAGAUUGUUCAGAUAACUCAGAUGAGACUCAAAGUUUAUGUGCUACAAAAUUUAAAACAUGUCCGAGUUCUGCGUUUCGCUGUAAUUACGGCGCUUGUAUAGCUAAAAGUGCUAAAUGUAAUGGUAAAAACGACUGUGUCGAUGGUUCAGAUGAAAAUUUAUCUGAAUGUAAAAAACUUCCAUUAGAAAUUCCUACAACUCCUAAAUAUACGCAACAAAUAACUCAAGUAAACAGUCAGUCUAAAAUAUGUUUACCUGAAGAGGAGUAUACCUGUAAAUCUGGUCAAUGCAUAGAUAUAACAUCCACUUGUGAUGGAAUUGUAGAUUGCAAUGACAAAUCUGAUGAAACAUCGGAAUUGUGUAAAUCAAGGGUGUGUCCAAAGAAUACUUUUAUGUGUAAUUAUGGUGCCUGCAUAAAUAAACAGAGAAAAUGCGAUGGUUCGCUACACUGUGCUGAUGGUUCAGAUGAAGCCGGCUGUACUUCCACUGAAGAUCGCAUAACUUCGACUUUGGCUACUCCAACCACACAAACCCCGUUGAUACCCUCACCACCGAUAUAUUUAUAUCAAACUAAUAAACCAACGACUGUUUCAUAUCAAACUAGUAAACUACCGUCUGAUUCAUAUCAAACUAGUAAACCACCAACACAGACUAAUAAAAAUGGGGUAUGUAUGAUACCACAUAUCGAGGGAACUGUGUAUUCUUUAGUCCAUACUGUACCAAUUGAAGUAGUACCACCUGGGACUUAUGUCGAUUACAAUACCGCUGUUGAGGAGAACUGCAUUGAAGGAUAUUAUAAAACUAUUCCUGAUAGACUUAUGAUUUGUUCAAAAAAUGGAAAUUGGUAUCCAAAGAUUGAUAAAAUAUGUUUGAAAAAAUGUCCACCUAUGAUUUCGGACAGUUUAAACAUCGAGUGUGUUUAUAAUGGUAAAGAAGUAAGUUGUUCAGACCCAUCAAUACCGGGUACUCUAUUAACUCCACACUGUAAGGUCACACACACUGUACCAAAUGGACAAAUAGAGUCACCAAACAAAUUACGUUGUCUACCAGAUGGGAAAUGGAGUGAUCGACUUUAUACAUGUAUUCCAUAUUGUGGCCGACCAUUUAUUUCAAUCCAAACAUUGAUUUUACAAGGUACUGUAGCUGCAUAUGGAUCAACACCUUGGAAUGUUGGAAUAUAUCAAAAAAAUAAAAAUAAUUUUAACUUGAUAUGCGGAGGAACACUUAUUGCUCCAAAUUUAGUUGUAUCUGCGGCUCAUUGUUUUUGGACUGAAGGGAUGACUAAUAGAAUAUUAAUAAAUAAUGGUACAUUUAAAAUUUCUGUUGGAAAGUAUAAGAGUGACAUUUCAAUUAAGGACAAUGAAUUUACUCAGAUUGUUGAUGUGGGAUUUGUUUACUUGAAGGAAAAUUAUUAUGGUUCUUCCGGAUAUCAUGCUAAUGAUAUAGCUAUUAUUGUGUUACCAAUCAAAGUUAACAUAAGCAAUGUAGUCGCUCCUGUUUGUCUAGACUGGACUAAAAAAUAUACCAAUGUUGCAAAUGGAGCUAUGGGAAAAGUUGUUGGCUGGGGAAAAACGGAAAAAAUGGUAGAAAGUCCAGUUUUAUUAGAAGCUAACUUACCAUAUAUAAACCAAAAUACAUGUCGGGAUAUGUAUAAAAACGGAUUUCAAAACUUCGUUAGUAUUGAUAAAUUCUGUGCCGGCAAUAAAACCGGACAAGGAGUUCAUCAAGGUGAUAGCGGUUCUGGAUUAACCUUUGCACAUUCCUCUUUAAGUUUUUUAUACGGAAUUGUGAGUGUAAAGGAUCCAAAUACAAAUGAUUCAAUUGCAGUUUUUACAAAUGUUAAUCACCAUAUUGAAUGGAUUCAUGAUAUUUAUAAUAAUCAUACAUAUGCGAGUGACAGUUUGUCUAGAUCUAUUGGAUAGUGCAGUAAAAAAACUAAUUAGUAUACCUUGUACUAGAGCCGUUCCGUUAAAAUUUGGCGCUCAGAACAAAAUUAAAAAUAUUCGCCCCCUAUUUUAUUUAUCAUUUUGCAUUGGAUUCCUAUUUAAUUGAAUAUUUUUUUUACAACGUAUUUUGAACAUUGAUGAUUUGAUAUAAAAUUAAAGCUGAUUGCAAUAAUAAUUAUUAAACAAAAUAGUUGAGUAUAAAAUAAUUAAAAAUUAAUACAAAUCACAAAUUAUAUUAUAAUUUAAAACGUAUUUUUAAAACGUAUCAUAUAGGUAACAUUUUUGGCGCCCCUUUAAACCAUGUGCCCGAGGCGCAUGGCUCCUAGCCCCUCCCACGGCACGGCUCUGCCCUUGUACCAUCAAUUUUCUUAAUAUUUUAUUUAACAUUUAAAAAUUUUUUUUUACCUUUGUUAAAUUUAUAAUUGUUUAUUCGUUUUGAAUGGUUUUAUAACAAACACAAAUAAAUAAUAUAUAUACAAUUGUAUUCAAUUUAUUAAAUUGUAAGUUAAUAUAAUAACUUAUUAUUAAUUACAUUUUUAAUAAAUUGUUUUACCAUUUCAUAAUAUAAAAAAAAAUAUUUUUAUACUAAUA